GGGUAUGCAAAGAAAACUAAUAACACGUCGGAAAAAAAAUCUUUCCUGCAAGACUUCCUGCUUUCAUUCAGACUUCCUGUAGUCCGCGUAGCUAAUUGUUCUUUUUAUUAUUAUCGGUUUAUUUAGAGACAGAGUGAAUUAUGAACACAGUUUUAUCGAGAGCGAACUCUCUGUUCGCCUUCUCUCUCAGUGUAAUGGCCGCGCUCACUUUCGGCUGCUUCAUCACAACGGCGUUCAGAGACAGAAGCGUACCGGUGAAUAUACACGUCUCUAAAGUGCUCCUAAAAAACGUGGACGACUUCACAGGACCAAGGGAAAGGAGUGAUUUGGGUUUUGUGACCUUUGACCUCUCUGCUGAUCUGAAGCCGAUAUUCGACUGGAACGUGAAGGAGCUCUUUCUCUAUCUGUCUGCUGAAUAUUCAACCAAAAGCAACGCACUGAACCAGGUGGUCUUAUGGGACAAGAUUGUCAAGAGAGGAGAAAACACCAAACUUGAACUGAAGGAAAUGAAGUCCAAAUACUACUUCUUUGACGAUGGAAAUGGCCUGAGGGCGAAUAAGAACGUGACUCUGACUCUCUCCUGGAACGUGGUGCCGAACGCCGGGAUCUUGCCGCUGGUCAUGGGCUCGGGUCACAUGUCGGUGCCGUUCCCCGAAUCGUACGAAAGCCCCAAGAGCUACUGAAUCGUCUUGAAACAUCUUCAUCAAAGCUGCGCAUUGUUCUGGGUUUUAAUAAUUAAUAAAAAACAACCAAAAACAGUACAA